AUGGCUCAGUCAGCUACAUCAGACAGUUGAACCAGCAGGAUGUCAUUCACGUCACUUUGGUCCUUGGAAAGUCCAGAGUUCUUCCCCUUAAGAACAUCACCAUGCCACGACUGGAGCUGGCAGCUGCAGCUUUGCUGGUGAAGGUAGAUAGAAUGCUGAGAGGAGAGUUACACCUUGACCUAAAGCCUUCAUGUUUCUGGACUGAUAGCCAAACAGUUCUCAAGUACAUUGCAAAUGACCGAGCAAGGUAUAAGACCUAUGUAGCCAAUAGGGUCUCACUGAUUCGGGACAAUACAGACCUGUCCCAAUGGAGAUACGUAAGCAGCAAGGACAAUCCUGCUGAUGAUUCAUCCAGAGGAUUGAAUGCAGGAAGAUUCAUGGAGCAAAGGAGAUGGAUACGUGCCCCUGAAUUCUUAUGGAACACAAAGGAAAGUUGGCCAGUGGAGGAAGUAUUGGACUCUGUGUCACAGGACGAUCCAGAGGUCAGGAAAAGUGUUACUGUAUUGGCAGCAGUAGUGAACCCUGCGACACCCACAGACCAGCUUAUUUCGUUCUUUUCUGACUGGAGGAGACUACUCAAAGCAGUGGCAUGGUUUCUCAGACUGAAAAAGAUGUUGAUGCUGAUUGUGAAAAGAGGAAAGGAGCAGCCCUCGUCUCAAGUCAGCACCCGCUCAAGCAGGAAAAAGGUGAGGAUACAAAUUGAAGAUUUCAGGACCUACCUUGGUGGGCAGCUCCUCACUGUUGAAGAUCUUGCAGAGGCAGAAAGGUCAGUCGUCAUAUACACCCAAGGACAAGCCUUCGGUGCUGAAAUUGCAACACUGGAGAUGAUCCCACCUAGAGUGCACAAGGGCAGUAAGAUCUGCAGGCUUGAUCCUGUCCUAGACGAGGGCAUUCUGAGAGUAGGUGGCCGACUGCACAAAUCUGCAAUGCCUGAGGAAACCAAACACCCCUGCAUCUUGCCCAAAGACUCGCACAUCUCGAUACUGCUCUUAAGACACAUCCAUGAACGCUGUGGCCACAAUGGGCAGAAACCACAUGCUAUCGGAGCUCCGGAAAAGGUACUGGAUUUUAAAAGGCAACUCAGUUGCCAGGAAGGUGCUCUCAAAAUGUGUCAUGUGUCGACGUUCGAGGGGCAAGGCAAGUGAACAGAAGAUGGCGGAUUUGCCAUUAGAAAGAAUCCUACCUGACCUCCCUCCAUUUACCAAUGUCGGGUUGGACUACUUUGGCCCGUUUGAAGUGAAACGAGGGAGAACUGCCAUCAAAAGAUUUGUCUGCAGGAGGGGCCAGGUGAAGCACAUCAGGUCUGAUAAUGGAACGAACCUGGUGGGUGCACACGGAGAGCUCAAGAAGGCCCUGAAGUCACUGAACGAGAGGAAAAUCCAAGAUGCUCUGCUUCCAGAUGGAAUCGAAUGGAGUUUCAAUCCACCAUCAGCAUCACACCAUGGCGGAGCCUGGGAAAGGCUCAUAAGAUCUGUCCGCCAGGUGCUGAACUCUACUCUCCAUCAACAGUCCAUCGAUGAUGGCCUCCAAACGCUGUUUUGCGAGGUGGAGGCAAUCCUGAACAAUCGUCCUCUCUGCACAGUGUCCUCAGACCCACAUGACUUAGAGCCACUGACCCCAAAUCACAUCCUGCUAUUGAAAGCCAACCCAAUCCUACCCCCUGGAACCUUCUUGAAGUCCGACAUCUAUGCCAGACGUCGCUGGAAACAGGUCCAGUACAUGGCCGAUCUUUUCUGGCAAAGGUGGACCAAAGAAUAUCUUCUGCUGCUGCAGGAGAGGCAGAAAUGGACUUCACUAAAGAGGAACCUUAGUGUCGGAGACAUUGUCCUGGUCGUUGACCCCACUGCUCCUCGAGGGUCCUGGCCAUUAGGAAGAGUGCUGGAGACGAAACCUGAUGCAAGGGGUCUAGUGCGGUCAGUGAAGCUCAAGACAAAGACUUCAGUCCUUGAGAGGCCCAUAACCAAGCUGUGCCAAAUCCUUGAGUCUGAAGAGUGACCAGGGUUCCUGAUCACAUUAGAAAGGAAUGUAAUGUAUACAUGAUUUCAUACCUUCUCUAAACCAUUAUGCAUUACAUACUUCUAAAAGCAUUAAGUGCUUAUUUACUUUAUUGAUAAAUUGACCCCUCUUUUGGCUCCUUUCAUGUUAAUUUAGGUAAUUGAUUCUAUAGAGAACAAUUAGGGGCCGGUGUGUAGGAGCCGCAUUUAAGUUUUUUGUAUUUGGAAUGAUUUAUUGAUUUUUCCCUUUUUUGUGGAAUUGCGAGUGUGCGCCCUCUAUAGGUGGUGACGGUGCCACCCUUGAAAUGGCUGCCAGACACGCAUGACGGGGAGAAGGC